AUGAACUUGGAACUCACAAAAAUACAGCUUUGUCCAGAGUGUAGCCAACGAAUAAAUAGCAACUGGUGUGAAUAUUGUGAACCGAUACAGUUCAAAGAAAAUUUUGAUAAUUGGACUAGCGAGGAUACGGAAAUUGAUAGAUUUAUACAAGGAACUCAAUUGAGUGCAAAAAAUUGUACCGAUUAUUUAGAAUGGAUACCAUUUGAAUCUUUUAUCGGGAUUGAUAAAUAUGACGAGGCAGAAACGGGUAUUGUUUAUGCUGCAAAUUGGAAAAAAGGACCUAAAGAUUCCUGGGAUGAAAUUGAAAGGAAGUUCAUUCGAAAACGUGACUUAGCCAAAGUUGCAUUAAUAUCCUACGGAAACAAUGCAUAUGCUUUCCUUAAAGAGUCGAUAACAGGGAAUUAUAUGAUGGUAGCCGAAACAGUAGAAUGGGAUGUAAGACAUUAUACUUCACAUCAUUUUUCACAUCUUACUUGGUCAAGAAAAUUGGGAAUCUUAUACUCGAUAGCAUCAACCAUCGAAUCAUUUCAAAAUGAUGACCAGAUGAUGGUGUGUAAAGGCACUUACGGUAAUGGACAAAUCUAUAAAUCACAUAUUGAAAUACCCACCAACGAAUUGGGUCUAGGAACUUCCAAGGAACCAAUUCCUGUGAUCGGUGAAAACAACAGUUACAUGAUGCCUGAAUGUUACAUUGACUUGAUGAAGAAGUGUUGGUCAUCAGAUCCAAAGUUACGUCCAACAGUUCGUGAAUUGGUAAGCGUUCUUGAAAACUGGCAUUUAUAUAAAAAAGAUUCGGAAGCAUUUGAGAAGUCGGAAAAAAUAAGAAUAAAAAUAUUGAAACAUAAAGGGUACGAUACAACUCCAGACAAAUUGGUUGAACCAACAAAAGUACAUCCACAAGCAAUUUAUGCUAGCAGAAAAUUAAAAUUUCCAAUCUUGCACAAAUCGUUACCAGGUCAUUCGAAUGCUGCAACAGGAGGAGAAGAAAAUCAUCAACAACCAAAAACGAUAGAUUUAGAAUCAUUGUUAAUACGUGACCAAAGUUAUUUUUCUAUAAUGUUCAAUCCUUGGCAACUCUUAUUCUUGUAUAUUCAUUCAACCCAUUCUAAAGAUGGCAACAAUAUGCUUUUCGAUGUUAAAAGAUCCAGCCAGAGUCCUUCAAACUUAACUUUAGGAUUGGAUACGGAUAGAUUUAAAACAUUAGAGUCAUCUGAAAAUUUAACAAGUGGACAGGGAGAAAAGGGAAUGAAAUAUAUUGGUUAUGCUGGUAAAUUCAAAUCACGUUAUUUUGGUCGCACCUCUGGCAUUUCUACUAAUUCUACUGUUGCUGCCUCUGCUCCCAAUAAGAAUAAUUCAAAAUCAUCUUCCUCAACAGGCUCAGUGAUAUGUCACACGAAUUCAACAAUUCCAAUAGAUGUAGAUUUGAAUCAUGUUUACAAUCCACCUUAUUCAGUCACCGAAUUAAUGUCCACUAAACAUAAGCAACGUCUCAGUAAUUCAAAUCAUCUCGCUGGUGCGUUCAUGAAUCCAAACCUUAAAUAUCCAAAGAGACCGCCAAACUCAUUCUUCUUAAUGAAGAAUUGUUACAUGUUAGAAUUAAAAAAGCUCGGCUCUGAUAAUACAUCAAGAGUUAUAUCCAAUCUACUCUCUUAA